ACAAUUCUUGAACAAUUUUAUGUUGCCAUAGCCAAACAUCUAUGAAGGUGAUUAUUACAUGAUCUUUGCAAUUUUCCUUUGCCAACUACUGAUCACGGUUGAGACUAGCAGCAACAUAACCUGCGUAUAGCGGAUUAGUCAUCAUACUCAUCUCACCUGUAGGUAUCUCCACCUUCUAAGAACGUUUCACCUGCCGGGUGGCGCUCAACUCUCUCUCGCUCUCUUGAAAAGUGCUGAUCGCGUGCCGGGGUCGGAAGUCGUUCUCGUUGUGGCUGAUGCUGGUCAGGAGAUGACGCUUACGAUGCCGAUGGAUGACGACGACGGUGGCGGCGGCGGUGGCGGCGACUCCGACGAUGAUCUUACUGUGUAGCAGUGUAUUACACCGCGAGAUGUGUUUUUUUUUCUGCUCGCCGCUGUUUGCAGGCAGGUACUCGUCGGGUUCCUAGUAGUAACGACGAUGCAGACGAAGCCUUCAUAUAUAAGUACAGGGGCUAGUGAUGCUGUACUCCUAUUUUAUCGGGUACUUCCAAGUGACGAGGAUCUCGCAGAUUCUCGCGGUUCCGCGUUCUGUCGUUGAUCGCAUCCUGGAUCAAAAGGUUGGAUUGAUGUGUGCAUUGAAAAGGACUGUUAAUUAGCGUGAAAAGGGUGAUUGAGAACUUACACGAAUAAUAAUCGAUAACUACGAGUUUUCAACAUGUGAGUGAGAUCCUAGGUGAUAUCCUUUGAAUAAGAAGAAAAAAAAAAUAAAAAAAAAAAAAGAAUAAAAAAUCGAUGUUUAAUUCAAAUUGUGCAAGUGGAAUGUAAGACAUCUCCUGAAAAAAAAAGUUGAAUUUGAGCAAUUGUGCAGUUGUUGUAAUACUUGAUGAAACAUUGUGUGUCGAUGAUUGCUGAUUAAAGAAAACUCCGACUAGUUAGAACGACAGAAUUUGGAUACCGAGCUGGACACGAGCUACUCAUUGGAAUAUUUAUUGAUCACUUGGGAGUCACCUGAAAAUGGUUGCCUAGGUGAGCAAUAAAUCGUGUCGCGAACGUAGCGGUUGACACAGGUCUGGUACUUCAAUCGAAGAAAAACUAGAAGUAGCUCUUCAAGAUGACGACUACUCCCGUGAUUCCGCUGGAUGCUGGACGGAAGCGGAUCGUCCGGUUAGGAUUUCUCGGCAUGCUAUUCAUCGUACUGGGCUGUGUCAUAGUGGUGCUUAAUCCAACUGAUCUGGUCGUGAACAACAUGCUGAGUAUGAAUGAAGGUUCUUACUUGCACAGGCUGUGGAAGAAACCACCGCUGGAAGUGUUCAUUAGCAUUUACGUGUUCAAUGUGACUAAUGCGGAUGCAUUCAUGCGAGGAAAGGAAAAAAUGAAGGUGGAAGAACUAGGGCCGUACGUAUACCAGGAGUUCCUGGAAAAUCACAACUCAACUUUCAACGCAAACGGUACUCUGAGUUUCACUCCUAUCCGGCGGCAAGUAUUUGUCCCUGAGCGAUCGGUUGGAGAUCCUAGACAUGAUCUAAUAAUUGUUCCCAAUAUUGCGUAUUUGGGCGUGGCCAGUGCGGCUUACCGUAUGUCUGCGUGGGCUUCUAUUGCUGUUGCUGCCGCUCUGAAACCUCUUGGAAUGAGUCCGUUCCUCAACAUUACUGUCCAUGAUCUUCUCUGGGGAUACGAGGAUCCACUAGUUCAAGUGGCUUCAACACUCCUUCCGAACAUCAUUCACUUCAAGAAGAUUGGUAUUCUCGAUCGCAUGUUCGACGAUGGGUUCGAUACCGUUACGAUCAAUCUGCCGGAAGCUGUUCAAAAGUUGCGUAAAACCAAAAUAGUGGCAGAUGUUUCCGAAGAAGAGUUGGACUCCGUCGAGGAGGAGUACUUUGCGGGCGAUGCGCUGCAGAUUGCCGCCGAAGAGGAGGCCGAGGAAACGGACGACCCCAUUCGUAACUACUCGAUCGAUCUGUGGAAUGGUUCUCCUGGACUAGCGCACUGGGGCUACGUUGGGAAGGAUCACUGGGACGCAGAGCGAAGGAACACCCCAUGCAACACGUUACAAGGUUCUUACGAUGGAACUGUGUUCCCUCGGAACAUUUCCAAAACGGAAAUUUUCAAAGUCUAUCGGAAGGCUUUUUGUCGAACGUUGCCUAUUGCAUUCGAACGGGAAGGUAUGCACGACGGAAUCAAGGCUUAUUGGUUUUCCAUUCAGGAGAAUGCGUUCGAAAGUUCGGUUGAUGAUCCUUAUACGUCGUGCUAUUGUCGGAAUGGAAAUUGUUUACCGAAAGGAUUGGGGGAUCUUAGCCCCUGUUGGUAUAAUAUUCCAGUAGCCGUAUCGUUGCCUCAUUUCUACAAGGGCGAUCCAGCGUUAUCCGAAGCCAUCGAGGGAUUGAGUCCGAAGAAGGAGUUACACGAUGCAAUCAUCAUCAUGCAACCACAACUGGGAAUUCCAAUGACGGCCAGCAUUCGAGUGCAGAUUAAUCUCCUAACCAAUGUGAAAUUCAUAUCGGAUUUGAAACCACUGGACAAAACAGUGAUUCCGCUGAUAUGGGCUCAAAUGGAAGUGGAGAAGCUUACGCCGGACAUCGUGAUGCUGUUACACCUACUGUUCGACAUUGCACCGUACCUGCAAACGGGGUGCGUGUACUUGCUCUCCCUGCUGGGGGUUUCGCUACUCGCCACCACGGCACUGAUGUUGCUCUACUCUCGCCAUGCAACGCUCGAGUACGACCCACGUAAAUCGAUUCGGUACUCAACGGUCAGCAUGAUACCGUUCCCGCUGCGGAAGGAGCUGGAGAAGUACGGCGAGGCUGAAAUUCGACGUGAGGCUUUGCUGAUUGAGAAUGAGCCUUGAGGGAGGAGGCGUUUCGCGGUUAAUUCUAGUAUUUUUAUUACAAGAUUUCACUUGUACCUGGUUGAGACGAGUGGAAUUCGAACUGUUUAUUAUUCUUAUAGAAUACACUGAGCAUUGUGAUAUUUACAUAUAAGUUAAGACGCGAAUUCGACAUAAAAGAACUUUUACAAUUAAAUAGUUAGAAAAAUACCUACUUAAUAAAAGCGUGAGUGCGAGCAUACAUGGGGAAUGAAAACAAUAGAGAUCCAUGAACUGAAAUUAUAAGCUACAGAACGCUGUGAUGCUAAUUAAUCUUAAAACAUGACAAUACUUUAUCUCUUAACAGCUCUAACGACGGGUUUCAGAAAACAGGACUUUUAUAUCUAUGGCGCGGUUCAGUAAUAACGGGAAUGUGAUGAGACUAGCUUAUGUAGCAUUAUAUGUACUGAACUAAAUAUUUGAAUGAAAAUAAACAAAGUUUUACUAGCUA